UUAACAAAAGCGAGCACGAGUCCGGCGAGUUUGCCCUUUCCUUCAAUGGCGUGAUUUUCAUUUCAUCUCCUUCCUCAAAGUCUUAUAUCUUCUUCCUCGGGACGAAACUUCCCUUUCUCAUCUUUCAAUUCUACACUCUUCCCUCCAAUUCAUAGACCUCGGAUUUGUGCUUAAAGUGAAAAAUAAGUGAGAACUAAUUCAGUUCCCAUGUUUUCGAGCUCUGGAUAUCCUCUUAAGAGUAGCAAUUAGGACUUCAAAUCUUCAAUUUCACCAAGUAUGAAUCUCCAUUUCAUUGUUUCUUGAUUCACAAAGUUUGACUUUUUUUCCUUUCUAUUUCUCUAUUCAUCGGUUUUUACAUUUCAGUCUCACAUCCUCCAGUCAAAAUUCCAAGUUCCUUCAGUUGGGUGUGCUAAAGAUUCGAAAUUUUCUUGGUUUAAUCAUUCAAACUUUAUGCUUUGAUCGUUAAUCAUAGCUCUAUGAUGAUGAUGGUGUUAUAAACUCUGUAUGAAUCGAAUCUGUUCAUGUCGAUUCUAUGUGGUUGUUGCCCUCUUCUAGAAUGUGUUUACUGUCUCGGUUGUGCACGUUGGGCUUAUAAACGCUGUCUUUACACGGCUGGUCACGACAGCAAAGACUGGGGGCUUGCAACAACUGACGAGUUCGAACCGGUUCCUAGGUUUUGUCGUUACAUUUUAGCAGUUUACGAGGAUGAUAUUCGAAACCCUUUAUGGGAGCCUCCAGAAGGAUAUGGGAUAAACCCUGAUUGGUUGCUUCUAAAGAAGACUUAUGAAGACACUCAGGGUCGUGCUCCAGCUUACAUACUGUAUCUUGAUCAUGAUCAUAAAGAUGUGGUUGUUGCGAUCCGGGGGCUGAAUUUAGCCAAAGAGAGUGAUUAUGCUAUGCUUUUGGAUAAUAAGCUUGGGGAAAGGAAGUUCGAUGGAGGGUAUGUGCAUAACGGGCUGUUGAAGUCUGCUGGUUGGGUUUUGGAUGAGGAAUGUAAGGUUUUGAAAGAAUUGGUGGUGAAGUAUCCGAGUUAUACUCUGACUUUUGCUGGACAUUCACUUGGGUCUGGUGUGGCUACAAUGCUGGCUUUGUUGGUGGUUCGUCAUUCUGAUAGGUUGGGGAAUAUCGAUAGGAAGAGGGUCAGGUGUUUCGCUAUUGCGCCUGCUAGGUGUAUGUCGUUGAAUUUGGCUGUCAGAUAUGCGGAUGUGAUCAACUCUGUUGUGCUUCAGGAUGACUUCUUGCCCAGGACAGCUACGCCUCUAGAAGACAUAUUCAAGUCUCUUUUCUGUUUGCCAUGUUUGCUAUGCAUAAGGUGCAUGAAGGAUACAUGUGUUCCAGAACAAAAGAUGCUCAAAGAUCCUAGGCGGCUUUACGCUCCUGGUCGCAUGUAUCACAUAGUUGAGAGAAAGCCUUGCAGAUUAGGAAGGUUUCCUCCGGUUGUGAAGACAGCAGUACCAGUAGACGGAAGGUUCGAACACAUUGUUCUUUCUUGCAAUGCAACUUCAGACCACGCCAUCAUCUGGAUCGAACGAGAAGCUCAGAGAGCUCUCAACCUAAUGUUGGAGAAGGAGAAGACGAUGGAGAUCCCGGAGAAGCAGAGGAUGGAGAGGCAAGAAUCAUUAGCCAGAGAGCACAAUUUAGAGUAUAGAGCUGCGUUAAGACGAGCAGUAACGUUAGAUGUUCCUCACGCUGACUCUAUGUCCUCUGAGUACGGGACAUUUGACAAAGCUCAAGAAGAUGAAACCGAAGAAGAAGAAGAAGAAACAGAGGAAGAAGAAGGAGAAACAGAAUCGAUUGCAUCAAUGGUUGGUGAAUCAUCAUCAUCUUCUCUUCGUCCAUCGAACAAGAGAAGAAGGCACCGGGGAGUUAGUUGGGACGAGCUGAUCGAACGUCUCUUUGAGAGAGACGAGUCUGGUAACUUGACAUUCGAGAAAUCAGAUUUGCGUCAUUGAUCUCGAUCAAACAAAUUCUAUUGUAUUGUAAAUAUUGAAUGUGUAAUACAAUCAGUAUCAUUACAGACCACAUUGGUCUGAGUUUAUUACAUAAGAUUGCUUCUCCUACUUCGAACUCGGAAUUAGGGUUUUUUCUUGGGUUGAGGAGGAAGAGCGCAAGAAGAUCUGAAAGCUUCGACCUGUGACUGACACUUCGAGUGAUCUCCUUUGUUUUCUUCCAAGCAUUUCUUUAGCGACUCCACAUCGCACGAUGAAGCGAUCUUCUUCGCCGAAACAUUUUCUGGUUUCUUCUUCGCUUCUUCCAUCGUCGUCGCCGUCGUCUUUGUUCAAAGGACUUGUUUGUUUCC